UCCUCAACCCCAACCCCAAGCGUUGGGAUUCUUAACCCUUAUUUCUUCAGAACCCUCGCUCCUCGCCAGAAAUUGUAUUGCAGAGGAAAGACCGAGAAAAAAGAAGAAGGAAUUUUGAUGGUAAAGUAAUAUUCUAAUUUCCAAAAUUCGAUUUUGUUGCCGAAGGAAGAAAAGAAGGAAAUGGGAGGUUCAUCGGAUACGAAGCUCCUGCAAGACCUGUUGUUGUACGCAGCGAGCGCAGCGCUGAGUUGCUUGGUACUAUUCGCGGGUUUGAGACACCUGGACCCUAAUCGCGAAGCAUCGAAGAAGGCUCUCGAGCACAAGAAAGAGAUUGCCAAGCGUCUUGGUCGUCCCCUUAUUCAGACUAACCCUUACGAGGAUGUAAUAGCCUGUGACGUUAUAAAUCCUGAUCACAUCAAUGUGGAGUUCAACUCUAUUGGGGGACUGGAAACAAUCAAGCAAGCUUUGUUUGAGCUUGUUAUUCUGCCUCUAAAAAGACCAGACUUGUUUUCACAUGGCAAGCUUCUUGGACCACAAAAGGGGGUCCUGUUGUAUGGACCGCCCGGCACUGGAAAAACCAUGCUUGCCAAAGCUAUUGCCAAGGAGUCCAGAGCAGUUUUUAUUAACGUGAGAAUAUCGAACCUGAUGAGCAAGUGGUUUGGGGAUGCCCAAAAGCUUGUUGCUGCUGUAUUUAGCUUGGCUUAUAAGCUUCAGCCUGCCAUCAUAUUCAUUGAUGAAGUAGACAGUUUUUUGGGUCAGCGUCGUGGAACAGAUCACGAGGCUAUGUUAAACAUGAAAACUGAAUUCAUGGCUCUGUGGGAUGGAUUUACAACAGAUCAGAAUGCUCAAGUUAUGGUUCUUGCAGCAACUAAUCGUCCUUCAGAACUUGAUGAAGCAAUACUUCGGCGUCUUCCUCAAGCCUUUGAAAUUGGAAUUCCAGACCAAAGGGAGAGGGCUGAAAUAUUGAAGGUUGUCUUAAAGGGUGAGAGGGUUGAAGACAACAUAGACUUUGGUCAUAUAGCUGGUUUGUGUGAGGGUUACACUGGUUCAGAUCUAUUUGAUCUUUGCAAGAAAGCUGCCUAUUUUCCUAUUAGAGAACUACUGGAUGAAGAGAAGAAAGGAAAACAAUCUCAUGCCCCUAGACCUUUGUCCCAGUUAGAUUUUGAGAAGGCCCUUGCUACUUCAAAGAAGACAAAGGUUGCUGCUAGUGAAUACGGUGGAUUCAGCCUUCAGUCACCUUCAAGAUGGACAGUGCCUGGUGAGUCAGGUGAUUCUCAGUUUCAAGCUGCAAUCCAUGAAAUCUCUAAGCUUGUGGUUUCUCACAUGAUUAACCUCCAAUCAGAUUCCCAGGAUCCUUAAAAUGUUUGCUUUAGAGCAUUCUUCUACUGUCAUUUAGCCUAGUUCAGAUUGUAACAGUGAUUACAUCCUUAGUUAUACUAGUUAUAGGAACAUAUAUAUAUAUAUUAUACAUUGGUUAUAAAAGUGCCAUUGUUGGCUAUUGCAUUAUGUUCAGUAUUUGAUGCAUCAUUUCUGAUGUUCCUUUUAUGUCAAAUUUUAUCUCUGAUUACCAUUUGGGUAAUGCAGAGAUAAUUUUGUUUUUCCACCUAACUUUGUAUAUUGUACUGUGAUAUAAUGCUGUAAAAUGACAUAAAACGGUA